GUACUGGGCCGGCCGGCGUAUGCUCCGCGUGUUUGGGUUCAACCAGAUAUGUCUCUCAGCCAUCUGGCAGAUGAAUGGAGCCAUGCCGAGUGGUAUGAAGUUCCUGAACCAGGAGAGGCUCCAAGCUGCAGUUGCAUCGGUAUUGUCAGUCUGCAAUGCUGAGGCGGAUCCGCCACUUCCCGGUGCAGAUGAGGUUGGCGAGCAACCUGGCUUUGUGCGCUCACCUGCGCAAGAUUUGGGGAGCAAGCGCUGGUGGCCGGUGAUGUCAGAGGCCGGAAGUCGGACACAUCCACCGCGCUGUCACCUUCACCAGCGAGCGCAUGCUGGAUGCAAACGUUGUGCGCAAUUUAAGAUUCGACAUCUCUCCGAAGGUUGUGACAGGGCACUCAGUGCAGAGGAGGAGCGAAGUGGCGCCAAUGUGCAGCUUGGCUCUGAGGCUCCAGAGGAGCUAGUGGUCGGCUUCACUCCAAAGCUGCGGAGUCAAAUCUUGCAGUCGACAUAUUUCCGGUCUGUCCUGCAAUUUGUCAGCAAUGUCGAGUCUUUGAUUGACGAGUUGAUCAAUCAUGCGGACCAUGCAGAGCCGUACACACCCAACUCUAUCACAACUCCUUCCACACUAUUUUGCUGUGUUUACCGCUUGGCCCAGCUGCAGCCUUUGAGAGAUCAGAUGCUGCAAUUUCUUGGCUACAAGGGGUCACCGAUCGUGCGUGCAGCUGGCUUGCUGCAUAUUCGUUUCAACUUUUUGUCACGCGAUGCAUGGAGCUGGCUUCGGAAUCUUCUUUUUGACACCGAAGUCUUCAGACCAAGUAGCAACCCAUCCUCGGCCACCACAACAAUUGGCGAGUGGGUGGAACAUCUCCUGCGAGACGACAAGUAUUUUGAAACCGUUCUGCCGCGAUUGCCCAUCGGCUUGAAACGAGAGAUGGCCCCAGAGCUGCUUCAGCUGCCUCAGCUGCGCCAGGACGCUCACGCAAAGCAGCGUGGCCGAGUUGACCAACGGCAAGUUGGCACCAAAGUGGACGUCUUGCGCGGCACGAUGUGGCGCAGUGCUGCGAUCCUCAGUUCUAGCGUUGUUGGGCGUUCCUUGCUGCUGGACGUGCAGCUAGAAGAUGGGUCUAUGGAAGAAGUGCCCAUCGGCCUUGUUCGGAUGCAAGAGAAGGCAACGGCCAAGCCACGGUCACGUUCGCCUCGCAUGGGAUCCCCCACUUCUGAAGUCAAGUUGUGUGAGGAGUACCUUCGCCGGGAUCGUGAAAAAGCGGUGGCAGAAGCCAAGCAUGAAUACUUUAAGCCGAUUCCAAAACUGAAGAAGAUGCUGACCACAAAGGAUAAGAGUUUGCGCCACGUGGCGCCUGAUGAAGGCCGAGCAGCCCCAGUGGCCAAGCCCGCAAAGGAGGAACAGCCAGGUGCGGUCCCCGAAGCAAUCCUGCCGGUCUCUGAAGCGCAGCUGCAGAGAAGGCAGCAGCUUUUGGAGGUUGUGCGGAAGUACAGCUCUCGAAGCGCAUCGAGAGCGCGCGAGGACCGGCUGGAGUAUCACGAAUGGGGGCAUGCCAAGUCUGGUGCUGAAGUUCUGGCGCCGGAUACUAUGCGGCUGGGCUGAGGCAGUAGUGUCAACCUGUGGUGGAUGGCCUGCCCUUUCCCCAAGCAAUGAGAUCACUACAAUUAUUUGUUAUUUUCCGCUCCGUGUUUCUGGCACUUUCUGCGCAGAC